CUCUCACGUGGUUACGUAAGUGGAAACGAAACUGUUUUUCGUUUAUGGUUUGACCUACAGUAUUCUAAUGCAUUGUUUAUGUUUAUAGUACGUGAUUUAUGACAUUAAUAAUCAAAAUGAUAUUCACAAUUGAAAGUAAAUAGGCUAAAUUUAUAUAAGAAUAGCGCUUCGCCAUGGGUAACCGUUACUGUGAUAUUUGUGGCAUUUCUCUAACCAAAGGGAAUAUGAAGAGUCAUUUACAAGGUAAGAAGCAUUUAAAUCGUUUGCAACGAAGAACCGUCCAUGAACGUGAUGAACAAACUGCCAAAAAGAGUAUUUUUGUUACUAAUCUGCCAUUGAGAGCUGAUGAAAACAAUAUAAAACAAAAGUUUGAAAGUUGUGGUACAGUUGUUAAAGUGACACACAACAGCAUCAAGCAUUUCGCUUUUGUUGACUUUUCUAACGAGUCGUCCGCCGAAGUGGCUCUGUCUCGCCCGCAGUGGAUGUUUGGUCAGCGGUUGAUCGUCAAAAAGCGGACCGUUAAGAAGCCGGACAGACCUCGAUCCAUUUGUAUGGCUGUUAUAAACAGACAGGUUGAUCACUCUGAUCUGAUCGGAAAACUUUCGAAGUGCGAAUCGGUGUGGGAACAGACAAUUGUGCUCCAGUCCGAAGUGUCGUUGAACAAUGAUUCACUGAAAUUGAGGAAGACCAUUGUUAAUAUGCUUCAGAAUAUUUUAAGUAAUUUUUUCCCAGGUUCUGGAGUCUACAUGUUCGGUUCAAGUGUAAACGGAUUUGGUUUUCAGGGAUGCGAUUUGGAUCUGCAUUUAAAGUUGCCGGAAUCGUAUUUCAUGGAUGGAAUUGAUUUGAAGGAUUGUGCACCAAAGAUUGAGGAUGUUUUAAGCCAGAAGGCAAUUUUAGAAAAUUUGACUCAUUCAGCCAAAGCUGUAUUUGUACAUAAGGUUCUCAGAAAAUAUACUAAAGGUAUCGAAAACAUCUUAUUUAUUCCCAGUUACAGAUGCCCCUUAGUAAGAUUUCAACUAAAUGUUUCAAAUAACUUAGUGAAUUGUGACUUGACUGUUGGUAAAGGAAUUACCAUUGAAAAUAGUAUGCUACUUUAUACUUAUGGACAGUUAGAUCCAGACAGGAUAAGACCGUUUAUCAUCACACUAAGAUAUUGGGGAAAAUAUCAUGAAUUAAUUGGCUCUGGAGAUAAACUGACCAGUUACUCAUUUGUUCUGCUGUGUAUUUUUUACUUACAGACUCGCAAACCUCCUGUGGUGCCUACAGUUUUAAAGUUAAAAGAAUUAGCAGAAAAUGAAUGUAUAAUUGGAAAAUGGGACUGUUCAUUCUGUAGAGAUGUAAGUAAAAUUCCAAAAUCUGAAAAUAAGCAAUCAAUCAGAGAAUUAUUAGAAGGAUUUUUUAAAUUUUAUGCACAGUUUGACUUUACUUUAAAUGUAAUUUGUCCUAGAACAGGAAAUGUUGUUGGUAAAAAUGAGUUCAUGUCUGAUCCAGAAGAAAAUUUUAAAGUAAGCCCUAUUUCUAUACAAGAUCCUUUUGAUUUAAGUCAUAAUACAGGAAGUAGUAUCAAUGAAAAAUUUCUAGAAGAAUUUAAAGGAAAAUUACAGACCAGUGUCAAUAUAAUUAAUUCAAGAUAUAAAAUGUGGAACUUAGUAGAUUUAUUAAAUCCAAUUGUGAAUUUUGAAAAUCAGUCAUGGUAUUCUCCAAAUGAAAAUAUUUCUGUUAAGGUGAAAUUUACAAAUGAUAUGUUAAAAUGUGUAGUUAAAAAUUCAUCAUCAGUAGCAAAAGAUAUAAAAUCACUUUGGUUAAUGCUAAUUUGUUCAACUAUUAUAGAUAUUUUCAGAAUUGCACUGUGUGCCGAUUGUCAAGUUAUAAAGAAUGUGUUUGAUAAAACUAAAGUAUCGCGAAAAAGACGAUUAGAUGAUUCCUCAAGGCAAUCCAAUGAUGAUAUUUGUCUGUCAAAACAAAAAUUAAUGGAUCCCAAAACAUAUGUAAAUCCUAUUGUCAGUACUACAUUUGAAUGCAAUUUUAAUUCUGAAAGUGAUGACAACAAACCAACAAAUUUCAAUAUUCCAAGUUGUUCAGUUGAUGAUAAUUGUACAUCUAAUAUGGAAAUUGUUUCUUCUGAAGCAAAGGAAGAUAUGGAAGUUUGUGACAGUAUCAAUACUCUAAAAGAUUCUAGUCAAAAAGGAAAUGAUAUUAUAUUACAUCUGUCAUGCAGAGUGAAAGACCAAAUUUGGCAAAAUAGAAAAAAAGAGACUAAAGAUCAUUGUUCUCAAGAGACUGAUAUUCUCAAAAUUGAAAAAGAAAUAUCUCAAAAAAUAAUUGCGUGUUUAGGAAAGGACAUUAAAUAUUUAGUAUUUGACUGCAUUGUCAAAAAACAGUACAUAGGAGGAACAGAUUCUGUUUAUAUAGAAUUUCUUUCACAAAAUUUUGAUACUUUAAACAAAAUUAAUUCCUUUAUUAAACCAUAUGUAUCAAAAUUACUUGUUAAACAUAUGACAAGAAGUUAAUUAGGAUUACAUUAAUGAAAUGACAUGCAAAAUAUAU